GCUAUCUACAUCCAUGGAUACGUACGCACUGCCUUAUCCUUAUCCACAACCAAAAGUUCCCUCGCCCCCUUUUACCAGAAGCUACAGAUUUGUCCAACACCAUACUCUAUACUAAUUAUUUCGCCCUUUUUUUCCCUCUCACCGGCAUCUAGAGCUGGGGGAUUUUCUUCUUUAGGUGUCGGUCUUUUCCUCGCUGAUCUUCUUUCCUCUCAUUUUGUACGUCUGUUCAACUUCACCUCUCUUUUUAAGAAUCGUAAACGAACGGAUCACCUUCGAUAUUUAUUACGUCGAUUCAAUUGCAGCCACGUCUGUAUAAUCGAAUAUACUCGUCCGUCAUUCCUCGGCCCGGUUGCUAUCCGUCUCUUGUCAAUUGCUUCGCCCUACCCGAUACCCAUCAUGAAACUUACUCAACACCAAACGCGACUAAUCCUCCUACUUAUACCCUCUCUCACCUUGGUUACCUCUACGCUCGAUACGAGAUCCGCCAAGGAUGCUCCAGCCCUUGUCAGCGUCGAUGGCGCAUCCUCCCAAUCCCCCCUCGACUCAACCGUCGCAUCAUCCAAAACAUCGAAAUUCGAUAUUGGCACCAAAGAUGCGCCUGUAGACGGUAAGGACGGAAUGCCGCAUGAGGGACCUUUCGUCAGUACCGACAAAGGACGCAAGAAGGGCGACGCCAGCGAUGUUGUGGACUCCAAACCUCUUCCCUCGCUCAAGGACAGACCAAUUGACCCUACAGUUGUCGACGGCAAGAAGAUACCCGAGAGUAACGACGGGGUAAUGGAUGAUCCUCAUCGCCAGCCUCCUAAGCAAGGUACCACGGGUACGGAGGGUGGAGUGAGCCAAAAGGACAAAGCUAGGAAGGCCAAAGAGGGUGUAACUGGAGAGAAGGUCGAGAAUGUGCCUGAGACCCCAAAAGAAAAACCCCCAUUGCCGCACAGUGAGCAGGAGAAAAUCUCGAGCGAAAAGGCCAACAAGAAGGAAAAGGGCAAGGCCGACCUACAUCAGACCCCCGAAGACGUCGCCGGACUUGAGAAACCCUCGGACUUACCAGACAAAUUACGCGAUGACCCAAACCCACUCCCAGAUUCGGCUAACAAAGACCACCUCGAUGUAUCGAAGCCCGCCAAGUCUACGACUAAUACAUGGGACCAAGGCGACGAGGGUAAUGAUGGCAUCAUUCGACCUUUUCAUUCCUUCGUCCUCUCCCUUACCAUGAUCCUUUUCUCCGAAGUAGGCGACAAGACAUUCCUCGUCGCAGCGCUCAUGGCCAUGAAACACGACCGAAUGGUAGUUUUUUCAGCUGCUUUUGGCGCUCUGCUGGUUAUGACUGUCGUAUCGGCCGUGCUUGGCCAUACGGUGCCGGCUUUAAUCCCUAAGAGAGUGACAGCUUUCCUGGCCGCAGGGCUGUUUUUCGUUUUUGGCGCCAAAAUGCUGCGUGAAGGGAUCGCUAUGGACCCGGAUGAGGGCGUCACGGCAGAGAUGCAAGAGGUGGAGAUGGAGUUGCAGGAGAAGGAACAUCUGGCGCUGAAGCAAGGAAGACGUCGUUCUUCUUUGUCUCCGUACACUCUAGAGAUGGGUCUCAAUCGUGAUAGAAAGCCAAGGUCCCAAUCUCGCUUCCCAACCCCACCUCGUAGCCCUUCAACAUCGCCAGGCAGAAGUCCAUCGCCUCGACGCAGUUUCCUCGGCGGGUUCGGGGUCGGCCUGUCGAAUUUAUUCUCGUUGCUGCUCAGUCCUGCGUGGGUGCAGACAUUUGUCAUGACUUUCUUGGGGGAGUGGGGGGAUCGCAGCCAGAUCGCGACGAUUGCAAUGGCCGCAGGCCAGGAUUACUGGUGGGUGACGCUGGGCGCGGUACUUGGCCAUGCAUUCUGUACCAGCGUAGCGGUCAUCGGCGGCAGGGCUAUUGCGGGCAGAGUCAGUCUGAAAGUUGUAACGGUAGGGGGUGCUAUUGCAUUUUUGGCGUUUGGCUUCAUCUACUUCAUCGAAGCGUUCUACGCGUAGUGUCGUGCAAGAACAGCAUUGAGCCAAGCGGCCCGUUUUCUAUUAUAAUGAUUUCUGCGAAUUUAAUACGACACGACCCAAGGGUGGUUCUUCGAUUCCUAGAAGGCUGCCCACACAAGAAAGGGGCACGGCCUUUAGGGACAUUGGAUGAGAAGAGAUCGACCGUCAUAGGUGUAUCAUAAUAUGUUGCUGCUACUGAUUCCAAAGGAAAUGAAAACCGGUACAGGGGCGAAAGACGAUAUAUGUGGUUGCAUGGGCGGAGUUUGGAAUAUAAAAUAAAAUGAGCAGGCUCGUCUAAGGGGAUUAAAGAUGACUAUCACCAGUCACGUAUUGUAGAAUCAUUCAAUGAUCCCAGAGGCUGGAAUGGAGGUUCAUCUCUAAUCUAAAUAUGAAAUGAUGCCAGAAUACUUAACCAUAUAUACCUAUUUAUAUUGAAAUACGAAUGCGGCCAAAUGCGUGGAAUCAGCCGGGAAUCCCACAAACUGUAGCUAAGAUUCAUAUCGAGAGGUACAUCGAGGCCUGAUAGAAAUAGACGUGGUGAAUAUAUACCUAGGCACAUACAUACAUGUAUAUGUAGGACGGAUGAAAAAAAUACGUGCC